CUCAUUUCGUCAUUGAUCGGAUGGGUGAAAGGUAGGCCGACGAACAGGCAAAUAGGGCCUAUCGAUACGGCCCGGAACAAUUAUCUGGACGGGUUCGAGAGUAUCAACCCGGAUCCAGGUGAUAACCAUGAGCUCUUGCUUAACUUCCCGUUUGGUAGAAAACUACUUACAAUU